AUGGCAAAUAAUCAAACACCAUCACCAAAAGAUUAUUCAGCCUUACUCGAUUAUAAUUUUAAUCAGUUGAAUAAUCGACCUUUGCUGGAUGCAAAAUUGCUUUUGGAUGGCGAUCAAGAUUGGUUUCUACUCGAAUAUUUGGAUGAAAUGGAACUUAUGGGUUUUAAUCAUGAACAAACUCUCAAUGCUCUUCUUAAUAUGAUUGGCAGUUUAUCUAACAAUUCAUAUAGUCGAAAUCUCUUGAAUGGUUCUCCAGUUUGGCUUAACAUUUUUUCACACGUUCUUGGUGCAACAGGCAGCAAUAAAAGUUAUCUCGCAAAUGAAAUUAUUCACAGUCUGAAGAUAUUGGAUAAAAUGUAUCCAGGUGUUUAUUCCAAUCGACAAGCAUUACACGACGUCGAUGGUGAUGAAGAACCACCAAGAAAAAAGCCGAAAACUGACCCAUGGUCAUUCGUUGCUAGCAGCGUAACUGAAGCAGCAUUAUCAAAGACCACAAAUUACACAGAUCUUAUGGUGAUUAAUCCAGAUGGCGACAAUGCGUUGAAACUUCUUUCUUACUAUGAUCAGAAUACCAUUGGCGGUGCACAGGGCGUCAGCUGCUUUUGUAAUGCUUAUGACGGAAUUGAACCUGGCAGUAACCGUGUCACAGGUGUUGAAUUAUCUUCAAAUGAACGUGACAGACCCUCCAAAAUGUCCAUGUAUGUCGUUAGUACCGGAAAGAAAUUAUCUAUUCCACUUAUCAAACUGACGGAGGAAGGAGCCAAUGAUGGAAUUUAUGGACGAGUGUGGUAUACACACAGCAACACAGUUCGUCAAUUACCGAAUAUUUUAAUUCAAAAACAAAUAUCAUUGCCAAACUUCACGCAUGUUGCGUUAGGUUGUCACAGCUUCUUUCAAGAUCGAAUCAUUGAAUUUCGUUAUGGACUGUACAGAUCGGAUUUCGAUUCUCGGCCUCGAGGUGAGUCUGAUUCAUUAUUCGAACAUUUUUCUUUAAUACAUGUAUGUGCAUGCUGUCACAUCAGUGCACAAAUGCAAGAUGCUCGACGUCGACAAAAUGUCAAUCUACCAGAAUUCCACGGUAUUGCUAUGGAUGAACAAGAUAUCGUACAACAACAGCCUCGUGGCACUGGCAAUUCUAGCGAUGAUUCCAUGGAACAAGCGUCUGCUUUUGAAUUAGUAACUACAUAUGUAAAUCAAGUGUGGAGUGAAUCAUUUACUUUGGAAAAACAUGUUGGUGAAAUGUGGCGAAAAGUGCCAUAUCACUUACCGAAAGCAAUUACAACAAUUAAGGUCCUCAGAAUCUUAUUCCGAAUAAUGGGCGAUAAUCUGUUGUUUUAUCUUAACUCUCAAGAAGGUAGUCGAUCUUAUCAGACAAAAUUAGUCUCCAACAUGUUUAUCAACACGCUUAAUGAAGUUUUAAAUGACUUUUUCGUACGGUCAACUCGAGCCAUUCAGGUCAAUAAACAAAGAAUUUCUGUUCUUCUGUUAACACCAGAUGAUGUCGAGGUUGGAUAUUCAUGGUGUCGAUGGAAAUUAGAAACGACUGCAAUGUUGUUUUCGACGAACAAUAUCGAACAAAUUAUUAAUGAACGUGCAAAAAAGACUAUCUCCAAUUCAGUUUCGAAAAAAUCAACCGAUCAACAACGAAUCGGUAACGCCAUGACGAAAGUUUUAUUGACUCCAACGAUAUUCUUUACGAACAGUUAUUUAUUCAGCAGUUGUGUUCGUGGAGGCAGUGGUCUAUUUAUGCAAAAAAAGAGUACCGAUCUCAAGUAUGAUAUAGUGGUGGAACAUUUAUUGGCAGAUGGAUUGAUUAUGAAAUGUGACGUGAUCCAAGGGGCCCGCACACCGACAAAUGCUAAGGUGUCACCGUCCUAUUAUAAACAGCCACCAUCGUAUUUUGAACAAUCCGACUCACGAAUGCAAAAGCUUCAAAACUUGGGAAUUGGUUUCAAUGAAUACGAAAAAAUGUAUUUAAAUUCAUCAUUACCUGCAAACAUGUGUUUCAAUAGCAACGGCAUUGAAUUGAUAAAGGGUGACGAAUGGGUCCAAUUUUAUCACACAUGUCUUAGUGAUGCAACAGCUGCAUUAAUGAUUGAGACCAGAACCAAAAUGAAUGAAAUUAUUCACGUCAAUGGGCGUUUUCAUUUAACGAAUGUGAAUAUUGGCCCUACUGGAACUGGAUUCGAAACAAUUACAAAUGAUUCAAGUCAAGAGCAAGUUGAAACAAUUCCUCGCAGACUUAAUUCAAACAACGAUAACAAUCUUGAACAAGGAAAUUCUUUUUUGACUUCACCAGAUUCCUUCACACUCCAGUGCUUAACAACAAAUCAAGUUGGUCAAAGUAUUCAAAAAAUCGAAUCUGUAAAUGAACGAAAACAAGCUUUGGAUAUGUUUAAUCAAGAUAACAAUUUCCAUCCACGAUCUCAUUCAACACCGGUUAUCAAUGACGAUCAUGAACGUUCGCCGUCGACUCACUCACCACUUGAUCCAGUGAGCGCAUCAUCGAAUCAGCACAAUCCCGGAGUUGCAAUGCUUCUACCUACAAAAAAUGACAGCGAUUGUCCUUCAUCUUCUACAGAUGCAAAUAUUUCGGCACAUACAAUGUCAACUGUUUUAUCUUUUUCUUUACAAAAUGAGUCAAACGAUUCACUUAAUACGGUAAUUGAAACGCUCAACAGUUCAUCCAUUCAAUUGGGUCCAGUCGUUCCGAAGAUCAUUGGCGAGAAUCGAAUCACACAACAAGAGCAAUCAAAAAUUAUCACCGAUGUUCUUCAAGAUUUGGUCGAUGUUGCAUCGAUACAACGUGAUUCACUUGUCAACAGCCAAUUGCCUAUUUCAACGUCAAACAAGAAACGUGGUCGUCAAUCGACUUGUAAAUCAAGUACUUCUUCCGUCAAUGAGUCUGAUAUUCUCAAUGUCGUGGAAGAUAACCGUCAUCCAAUCUGGAGAAAACUCAUUCUAAAUAAACAUGUCUUGGCUUCCAUGAGCGAUCUUUCACGAACUGUAGUCGGUAGCAAUGAAAUAAAUGCAUCACGUACGAGAUGUAUAGAAAAACUGCUGAAUAUUGGUUUGUUUUUGAAUGGUGAUGCAUUUUUAAACGGAAAAGAAAAAUCGGUAUUGAAGAACUCACCUGAAGAUCCUCGACUCAUCUCGAUACUUGACACCUAUGGCAUUGAUAUGGACGAAUAUAAAGCAUCUUUCAAUAGCAAUUCUUCUUUUGUAUACAAUGAUGAUGUGCCGAUUCCUGCUGUUCCCAACCACAGAACAAACAAAAACAAAUUUACACAAGCAUUCGUCAACAAGAUCCAAUCUGAUGCAUUUUACUCUACUCAUCUUCAAAUUGAUCCAGCACAUGUGUUGCAAUCAUCGGUAUUGAAAAGGAAAACGACUUCAAACUAUAAGACCGAUUUGUUCCGACAACAAAAGCAACAGAAAAAUACUAAGUAG